CUCGCAUUCUGUACCACGUCUGCCUUCAUGCCGCAUUUCCGCCGAUCAUCGGGGAGUUCUUCGCUAUUUCGGUCGAACAGUAAAUGAAAAUGACGAGAAUCCGGAGAAUCUGCUGCAUCGGAGCCGGUUACGUGGGUGGCCCUACGUGCAGCGUCAUUGCACUGAAAUGCCCGGAAAUUCAAGUGACCGUCGUUGACAAGAGCAAGGAGAGAAUAGCGCAGUGGAAUUCGCAGAAGUUACCGAUAUACGAGCCCGGCUUGGACGAAGUAGUUGAAAAGUGUCGUGGGAAGAACCUGUUCUUCUCCACCGACAUUGAGACGGCGAUCAAGGAGGCCGAUCUGAUAUUCAUUUCGGUGAACACGCCGACGAAGACCUUUGGCAACGGCAAGGGACGAGCAGCGGACUUGAAGUAUGUGGAAAGCGCUGCCAGGAUGAUCGCGGAAGUUGCGAUCGGCGAUAAGAUUGUCGUGGAAAAGAGUACCGUACCGGUGAGAGCGGCCGAGAGUAUCAUGAACAUUCUUCGCGCUAAUCACAAGCCAGGUGUCUCCUAUCAGAUUCUUUCGAAUCCGGAAUUUCUGGCUGAAGGGACCGCGAUAGAAGACCUGGUGAACGCUGAUCGGGUGUUGAUUGGCGGGGAGUCCUCGCCAGAAGGACAGGCAGCCAUCGAGGAGCUCUGUAAAGUUUACGAACAUUGGAUUCCUAGGGAAAAUAUUCUAACAACGAACACGUGGAGUUCAGAACUGUCGAAACUGGCUGCGAACGCUUUCCUCGCUCAACGCAUCUCCAGCAUAAACUCGUUGUCAGCAGUGUGCGAAGCCACGGGUGCCGACGUAUCUGAGGUCGCACGGGCAAUCGGACUUGAUUCUAGAAUCGGUUCCAAGUUCCUUCACGCGUCGGUCGGUUUCGGCGGUUCUUGCUUCCAAAAAGAUAUUCUAAAUUUAGUAUAUAUUUGCGAGUGCUUAAAUCUGCCCGAAGUGGCGGCGUAUUGGCAACAGGUGAUUGAUAUGAACGAAUAUCAAAAGUCACGAUUUUCCGCCAAAGUUAUAGAAUCUCUCUUUAACACUGUGACGGACAAGAGGAUUGCCAUGCUGGGUUUCGCAUUCAAGAAAAAUACAGGAGACACGCGUGAAUCACCAGCGAUUCACGUCGCCAAGACGUUGUUGGACGAAGGCGCUGUUCUUCACAUUUACGAUCCCAAGGUUGAGGAAACUCAGAUUAUCCAAGAUUUGACUCAUCCAACCAUAACGAGCAAUCCUGAAGAUAUAAAAAAUCGAAUCAGUAUUUAUAAAGAUGCUUAUAGUGCAACGAAAAAUACACACGCGUUAGUUUUAUGUACAGAAUGGGACGAAUUUAUCGAACUGGAUUACACGCAGAUUUAUGCAGAUAUGAUGAAGCCAGCGUAUAUUUUCGAUGGAAGGAAGAUUUUGAAUCACGAUCGAUUACAAAGGAUCGGUUUUGUUGUCCAAACUAUUGGUAAAAAACUCACGAGAUCCGCAAUUUCCAGAGUGUGGGGUAGCCAGACGCAAGUUUAAGCAAGAACGGACCAAACUACAAGCAAUACUUCCAAUUUAAUAAAAAGCCAUCAACAAUUAUUACAAGUUUUGUUGAGUUAAUCCAAACAUAUAGAUGCAUUUGUGAAACGUAGAAUAUUGAAUUUUACUAUUUUAGCAAACAGAUACGUUUAUCUCCUAAUGGAUGUGUCGUUAUAGACUGCGCGUAGUUCAAAUAAUGACAUUGAUUUUGUCUUAAAAUAUGAACUCGUGCUAUUUUCUACAAUUGGUGGAUUUAGAAAAAGCCUGGAUAUUACAGAAUGGAAUGUGUCUUCUAAGAAACAUAUUUUAAGAAUUAGAAGAUUUUGUAAGAAGGUUUCAUACAUUUGAGCUAUUUGUCCCCAAGGAGAGCCAAUGCGCGUAUAAUGUGCUUUAAAUGUACAUUUAAAUUCGCAUUUAGUACACGUAUUUGUCCCGCAUUAAAUGCACAUUUAAUGUGUAUUGUGGCAGUACAUUCCAAAAAACUGUACCAUUAUCCGCCUAUGUAUAAUUUUUCCUGCAUAAGCAUGUAUAAAUAUAGAGAUUUAUAUAAAAUUAUUUAUCUCAAAUAUGCCCAAACAUGUUAAAUUCGCGCAUUUCGAACACACAAAUAAUUGAAGCCAAUGCAAUAAAACGCGCAUUAAAAGCACGUUCUAUGCGCAUUGGCGCUCCUUGGGCCAUCACAAUUUAAUGAGUUUUAUAAAAUUAAGUUUUUUGGAAGAAAAUGA